CUUUCUUAUCUAUUUUUUGUCUUUUUUAUUAUUUUUAUUCAUUGUCCGAGUUUCUCUCUCGGUUGUCUUGAAUUCUAAAUUCACCAAACACUGGGAAAAGUGCCGUUCUAGGCUAGUUAGUUUGCGCCAGGUCGCUGAUUCCAGCGUGAUCUUACUCUAUGAAUGGAGAAGAUCUUCCAAUAUUUUAUCCCGUAGUUGUAGUUCCGAACGAACGAAAGGAAGUUGUAAAGGUAAAAUCGUCUGAAAUUCCUAUAACUACGGAUGUCACGUUUGACGAAGAAUAUUUUAAUUUAGUUGAUUGGAUUUUAAAUCUAAAGAAAUUUUUUGGCUUUGAACGGAGUAUUGUCUUGAUCAUUCUUGGUUGAAAACAUAUCUUAUAAAUCGACAAAUGAAUAAUUCAUCUUGUUCAUAAUCAAGCAAUUAUGGAAUAACUUUUUAAUUUUAAAGAAGAACUGAUGCGUAAUACAGAUUCCGUUAUCUGGGGGUUUAGUGGAGGGACCACUACUCCAGAAGUUGAUGAAACCCGAAGAGUUUGUGAAAAAAUUUGGACAGCUUUGAAUAGCAGAGUUUGUAAUGUUGUUAUUGUCAUAUUCGUGUUUGCUGAAGGUGCCGUAGUUUUGUCUGAAUUGCUUAUAGAUUUGAAUGUUGUACAAGAUCCAUAUUGGAAAGCCAAAUCUUUAAAUUGCACACAAAAUUUAUCCAUGUCAACAAACUCUGGGGAUGCCAUUAGCCCUAAAGUGAAAAGGGCCAAAGAAGCAUUUUCUUUCUUCAGUAUUACCAUUUUGACUUUAUUUGUUAUUGAGGUUAUUUUAAGAAUAAUUACUGGCAAAACAAGGUUUAUCGUUCAAGGUGUUGAAGUCUUUGAUGCUGUUAUUGUGCUCAUUGCAUUCGGAUUAGAUAUAGCCUUCUUUGUUGCCCCAUCAAAAGUUGGCAUUGGAAAAGAGGCUGCGGUCCUGAUUAUCCUUCUUCGCUUAUGGCGUAUUAGCUUAAUUUUAAAAAGUAUUAUCACAUCGGCCAAAGAAAAACUAUCUAACACCAUCAAUGUUUAUCAAAAAGAGAAGGUUCAAUCUGAUCAUAAAGUGGAUUUACUUAUUUUGAAAGUGGAAGAUCUAGAACAUGAAGUAGCAUAUUUGAAAGAAAAGUUAAAGAAAACUGAAAAAGAACCUUUGUUUAUGAAGCGGCGUAAAGCAAAGGAAUCAUCCUCUCUGCCAUUUCCCCUGCCAUCUUCUGUUUCAAUUCGCAUGGACACUUUCCGCCUUCCCACCUCUCAAUCCCUUCAUGCAGAUUGUCACAGUCCUUUUCAAGUCAGAGAAUUGAAAGGGAAAGUUACGUUAUUUGCCGAGAAUGCUGCCACAAUAAUAGUUGAUGAAGCCCUGCUAUUAGCUUCUCACAUUCGAUCACCGAGUGAUUUGCCACCUCCACGAGUUGCUAGUCCGACUAGAGGCAGAGUGGUGUGUAAGUUGAAGCGACGACCAGAUGGAAGCAUCGAAAGUGGUUAUGGAUCGGCAUGCGGAUCUAUGAAUUGGAGUAAACCGAAGCUACAAGCUAAAUCAGAAAGCAGAUCUGAAGAGGAAAAGCAAUCAGUUCCUCUUAAUGUUAUUCGAGAUACACUGAAAUGUCCAGAAAGCAGCCCUGAAAGUGGUUAUGGCUCUGGAGGCUCUGCACAUAAUCCAAAUGCUGAAGGUGUCAGUCCCGGAACUGGAGAUGAAGCGGUGAAAGUAUCUUCAGCCAAAAAUACAAAAUUAGUUGGUACAGUGUUUCUCUUUCCUGAUACGGUGGCAACAGUUGAUCCUGUCAGUUUAAGUGAAGUGAAAAUGAGGAUUUUGGAUGAAAAAUCUGAAAUUGAGAGGGUGCGCCAUAUUGAAUUCAAUCCAAACAAAUUGGAAAAGGGUGUGCCCAUGACAUCUCUGUGAUUGUUUUCCUUGAACAUGAAGUGUCAUACCUAACUGUGUUCACCUGCUUUGAGGCAGCUAUUUAACUGUAACUGUGUGACGUCAUAGUAUCCUGUAUCAGACACAUUCCUGUUUCCAAUCUCACCCAUGGUAAUCUCUCCAAGUAUCACAUGCAUGGAAUGAAUGGGAUUGGCAGUCUGAUGACUAUUCACUUCGGUAUGAGAGAUGAGCUUAUAUGUAUGUUAAUUUAAAAGAUACAAUUUAGAGUGAUUGUAAUGAGUGUGUGAUGCAUAAUAUUUACACUUCAUCCAUCUGUUGUUUAAGAAGCACAAUUUAGAUUUUAAUAUGAAAUUGUCGUGUGUAUUUUUAUUUGUUGUUUCUGUGCAUUUUGAUGUAAAGGAAAUGUUUGCUGUGCA